UGCACAGAGGAGCAGAAAUGAAGAUGCCUACACACACAACAACCCACACACAAGUAUUCCCCACCUGUCUUUGACCUAAAAUGAAGAUAUUGCCAAACAUCUACUAAUUUGGAGGACUUGUUACGGACAAUGUUGAGAUUCAGCGUGCAUGUGUGGAUGUUGUGGUUGCUUUAUGCAGGCGCUUUUUCCGACGAGGACAUCAAUGGAUGUGAACAGCAGCCAUGCCAAAAUGGUGGUGUAUGUGAGAGCCACAAUGGAGGUUUCAGCUGCCUUUGCUCCCAACAAAGCCAAAAUGGGCUCCUGUAUGGGGGAGAGACCUGCACAACUGCACUUUCAGGCUGUGAUGACAACCAAUGCGAGAAUGGAGGAAUAUGCUCACCCUUACUUGUCAAUGAUCAGCACACUUAUACAUGCAUCUGCCUUGCUGGCUUCACAGGCCCGAAAUGCCAGACCCCCACUGUCUUCUCAUUUGAGUCCCGAGGCCACAUGUACAUAGAGACUCAGCUUCUAGAUCCAGAGGCUCCUCUUUAUGUGACAUUCAGCUUCAGGACAGCAAGACCGGUGGGCACCCUCUUGCAGCGCAGAGUGGAUGACCUGCUCCUCAGCAUUGAGCUGAUGGAUGGGCAUCUCUGUCUCCGCAGCCUGAGAGGGCAAGGCUCCAGCACGCUGGUUCAGGAGCUGCCAGAGUACUUGUCCAACAACAAGUGGCACACGGUGGAAGCGUCGCUGGGUGGUGUGGUCAGCCUCAUCAGGUUGCUCUGCACUGAAGGAACCUGCACCAGAGACUCCGGCACUGAAGUCCAGCUUCUUGAGCAAGCCUCUGCUCUCCCCGAGUCAGGAACAGUUCGUCAAAGCCUCUUCAUAGGAGCAGCCAGGGGGAACUGGGGUUUGGGCAGAGCAGUGGAUGAAGUAGACUACCCGCCUGCUUUUCUGGGCUGCUUCAGAGAUGUGUUCGUGGACUCACAUCUGGUGUUGCCUGUUACAGUGCCAGAAGAUUCAGACGCCCAGGCAAACAUCACUGUGGGAUGCAGUGACAAAGACAAGUGCGAGGACAGCCCAUGUCAGAACCGAGGGCGCUGUGUGAGCCAGGGCUGGAGGAGCUAUAUGUGUGAGUGCCACAGGCCACAUGAGGGAAACAACUGUGCAGAGGAGUAUAUCACUGCAAGGUUUGGAAACAAAGACCUGGAGAGUUAUGCUUUCUUCUCAUUAAACGAUGACCCAGGUGAUACUGUGACUAUAUCCAUGUUCAUUCGCACCAGACAGUCCAGCGGCCUGCUCCUCAUCCUGGCCAACAGCACCAGCCAGUACCUCCGCCUGUGGUUGGAAGGGGGCAGGGUUAAAGUUCAGGUCAACAACUUUGAGACCCUUGUUGGUCGGAGUGCGGUCAGUGACGGUCAUUUCCAUCUGGUGACUGUUAAGCUGGAAGGAAUGGAAGCCAUCUUGUUCCAGUCAGCCCAGAGCCAGGUCUCUAUGCACAUUAGGCCCAUCCAGGCCCAUUCUGGGGAUCUGGUUUUCGUUGGGGGGCUACCAGACUCAAGGGCCUCUGCCUCGUUUGGUGGCUACUUUAAGGGAUGUGUCCAGGAUCUGAGGAUUAACAGCAGACGACUGCAGUUCUAUCCCAUUGCAACUCCAGUGGAAUCUUACAGCCUGGAGCAACUCAUCAACGUUGCACAAGGAUGCAGCAGUGACAAUGCCUGCGCUGUCAACCCCUGUCUCAACGGGGGAGUGUGUUACUCCAUGUGGGACGAUUUCAUCUGUAACUGCCCCCCCAACACAGCAGGGCAGCGCUGUGAGGAGGUGAAAUGGUGUGAGCUGUCUCCUUGCCCCGCCACUGCGGUUUGUCAACCCCGCUCUCGGGGCUUUGAGUGUUUGUCUAAUGUGACAUUUCAGGUUGAAAGCAGCAUUUUGCACUACCGGAGCAAUGAGAAGAUUAAGCGCAGCCUCAGCAGUGUCUCCCUCAGUUUACGCACAAGACAGUCCGCUGCCACCUUGCUGCAUGCACAAAAGGACUCAGACUACCUCACUGUCUCCCUCCUGGACUCUCAUUUGGUCAUGGAGCUCCAGGCCGGGGCUGGCAAGGAUUCCCGCAAGCUGGCAGUUCAAAGCCAGGGUCCAAUCAGUGAUGGAGAGUGGCACACUGUGGAGUUCAGCAUGGAGAACCAGACGCUCCCAACAUCCAGGUGGAUCAUGGCUGUGGAUGGAGGCAAAGAGGAGCUAAGCAUGUCCAAAACAGCUGUGGGGCACCUGGAUUUUCUUAGGGAGGGAACAGACAUCUUCCUGGGGGGACUGAGUCUGGAUGCUGGAGUGAAACUGUCUGGCUGUCUGGGCCCGGUGGAGAUUGGAGGCCUUCCUCUCCCUUUCCACCUGGACACAGAGUUGAACCUCCCCAGACCUCAGGAGGAGCAGUUUGUAAGGAUAAACAGUAACGCUGCCCCACGAUACGGCUGCUGGGGAGCCAGUGUGUGUGCACCCAACCCUUGUAAGAACGAGGGUGUGUGUGAGGACCUGUUUGACCUGCAUCACUGCACAUGUCCCUCCGAGUGGACAGGGCCACUGUGUCAAGACCCAACAGACACCUGCAUCCCCAGCCCCUGCAUCUACGGCAACUGCACCAACCUACCGGGGGGAUUCAAGUGUGUGUGUGAGCUGGGGUACAGUGGUGAACAGUGUGAGGUGGAAGUUGACAUGUGUGAAAACAGCAAUUGCGGAAACGGCGCCACGUGCCUCAAAGGUUUCCAGAGCUACGCAUGCCUCUGCCCUCAGAAUGUGACAGGCCAAUACUGCGAUGAGAAAAUUCCUGAAAUCCCAUGGUACAUUGAGACCAAUCCGCUUCCUCAGUUGCCUGUAUCUACAUGCAUGGGUACAAGAUGGAACUACAGCUGCUUCAAUGGAGGGAACUGCUCUGAAGCAGACAACACAUGUUACUGCCUGCCUGGUUUCACAGGACAGUGGUGCGAGAAGGAUGUGGAUGAAUGCGCCUCGGAGCCUUGUAUGAACGGAGGCUUCUGUGUCAACUACGUGAACAGUUUUGAGUGUGUGUGCGAUAUGAAUUACUCAGGGAUACACUGCCAAAUGGAUGUCAGCGACUUCUACUUGUACCUCUUCUUGGGCCUGUGGCAGAACCUCUUCCAGCUGGUGUCCUACCUUGUGAUACGCCUCGACGACGAGCCAGAGAUCGAGUGGGCAUUCCACGUCAACGAUUAGGCCCAUCCUUGUCUAUUAUGAUCAAACUGGACUAAACGUGGUCUAGAUAGAAUUUUUGUCACUUCCUGUGGGCAAAUACAUGUCCACAUAUACAUUAUAAGCAAAUAUAUCUACCUACAUGGUCUCAGAGGUGAAGGGAAGCUCUUCUCUUUUGUGGCCUCUUGUGAUUUAAGUUUAUAUAACAGGUGUGUAUCUACAUUAAACUUGCUGCCUAGUGCAGCAUUAACUGGAUCCUCAUUGCAAAAAUAAAGUGGAUUGGUUUUUCUCAGAAGCCAAGAAGCUAUUUUCCAAAACGUUUUCCCAGUGUGCGCUAUAUGAGAUAUAUGAGAGUCCGAUUGUUGUGACUUUAUCGUUUUUUAAUGAAGUUAAACCCAUGAACGUUUUUCUGAUCUCAGCUCUACAAAAGGAGUUCACUAGACUAGACCAGAAGAUAAAGGGACAAUUGCAAUAAAUAUACAUUGUGUGAAACUGUAUUUCAUUAUUUUUAGUGUACUGACAAGGUCAGUCAUAGUAAUGUGUCUGUUGUGAACAGAUUUAUUUGGUUAUGAAUAUUACAUAUUGCACCAUAUCUAUUACAGUAUAUUAAUGCAUUUUAUCUGAUUCUCAUACUGAAAACCACACAUUAGAGACUUUGUCUUGUGCCUUAAAUUUCCACUUAUCCGGAGCACUGCUUUUCAGUGUAUAUUUUAUAACUGUUCAGGAACACACUCACAUAGCUAUAACCUCCUGGAUAUUAAUAAAAUACCUGUCUAUAGCUCAGAUGUUGUGUAUUUACAAAUAUGUAUGUACCUAACAUAAAUUGAUAAAGGCUAUUCUGCAUGCAGUGCAUACAGCACCUGAUCUGUACAAUGAAACCAUAAUAAACUGAAAAUAAAUGUUUGAAAACUG